AGGCAAAUCUAAGAGGAGAAAAAAGAGGAAGAAUCCAGAGAAAAUGGGAGCUAUUGGCAACAGCUGUUUUCAUUUGGCCUUCAAAAACCCACUUGAAAAUGGCGUGGUAUUGAUGAAGAACAAAUCUUCAUGUAAGCUCAUGGUUCCAAGCAACUCAUUCAAAGUGAAGAGGAUUUCUUGCAAACUGCCUGAAAGUGGGGUUGAAGAAAGCGCCACUAGCAAUAGGGUCUCAAACUCCAAUAACAGGAUGGAAGAUUACAAUACAGUCAUGAAGGGGAUGAUGAGGAAUCCAUAUGAGUAUCACCAUGAUCUUGGCAUGAAUUACGCAUUGAUCACUGAUCAUUUGAUUGUGGGCUCCCAGCCUCAGAAACCUGAAGAUGUGGAUCAUCUGAAACAGAAAGAGAAUGUGGCCUACAUCCUAAAUCUGCAGCAGGACAAGGAUGUUGAGUAUUGGGGGGUUGACUUACCAUCUAUAAUAAAAAGAUGUAAAGAACUUGAAAUCCGUCACAUGAGAAGGCCGGCAAGAGAUUUUGAUCCAGAUUCCUUGAGGAGUGGAUUACCUAAAGCUGUUUCGUCGAUGGAAUGGGCCAUCUCAGAGGGAAAAGGAAAGGUAUAUGUACAUUGUACAGCCGGAUUGGGGAGGGCACCAGCCGUUGCAAUUGCUUACAUGUUCUGGUUUUGUGGCAUGGAUCUGAAUACAGCCUAUGAUACGCUUACAUCAAAGAGACCGUGCGGACCCAGUAAACAAGCAAUACGUGGAGCUACUUACGAUCUAGCUAAAAAUGACCCUUGGAAGGGCCCUUUAGAGAGUCUCCCAGAACGUGCUUUUGAAGGUGUUGCAGAUUGGGAGAGGAACUUGAUUCAAGACCGGGUCCGUUCCCUGCGUGGAACUUGAGGAUACUGGUGUCAUUUCCACACAAAUUUCCAGAGUGGUUGAAUUGGAGACUCAAAAGCAUUAUGUUAUGGCAGGAAGUGAAGCUGAAGGGGCAAUAUCAAGGGUAUACUCAAAAGCAAGAUUCAUCACAUCUAUACUCAUAAUCUAUGAUCUAUCUUUAAAUACGAAAAUAAGAAAUUUUAUUGUACAAUUACACAUAAAAUAUUGAGUAUCUGACACUCCCAAAUGCAAUAUUAGUUGUAAAAGCUUUCAUUACUGCCAUUUAGUACUCAAUUUUCAAGUAA